AUGCAGAAUCGAAAAACAAUCGAGGGCAACGAGCAAGAUUCGGCUACAAAUCUCUUCGAUCAGUGCCAAGCCUAUUUGAAGCAAGGAAACGACGAAAAGGCAAAGGAGAUAUUGGAAAGAGUGUUGACGAUUCAAACGAAAGACUUAGGAGGCGAUAAUCUAGAUUUGGCCGAGACACUCAAAGCGAUGGGAGAUUUGCUGCUGAGGGAAGGACAAUUAGAUGGAGCAUCGGAUAAACUCAAUAGAGCUCUUGAGAUACAGCUGAAGGAAUUGGGUGAAAACCAUGUUUGUACAUCAAAUACCUACGAAGGCAUUGGCCACGUGUUUUUUGCACAACAUAACGAUCAAAAGGCCGAAGAAAUGUUCCGACAAGCUCUGGAUAUCAGGCUCGCAACUCAGGGAGAAAAACAUGGUGACACAGCAUCAACCUAUAAAAACAUUGGCGAUGUCUCUCUGAGUCAAGGAAACUUCGAAAAAGCCGAAGAAAUGUUCCGAAAAGCUCUGGAUAUCAACCUCGAGAUUCUUCCAAAAACCCAUCCUGAUGUGACGAAUUUGUACCAUGAUAUAGCAAAGUCGCUGAGAUUUCAAAGGAAGUUUUCAGAAGCAACCAACAUAGCAAGGCUCGUACUUGAGACAGUACUAGUCGUGCACGGAGAAGACCACCUUGACGUUGUAAAAGCAUAUCUUGGAAUUUCAGGGCUUUUGGGAGACCAAAAUAGGAAUCACGAUGGUCUUCAAAUGCUGGAUAAAAGUAUCGAAAUUUGUUCUCGACUGCAAGGGCAAGGACAAGGAGACUUUGAUAUACAUGUCUUGAUAAAUGCGCUUGCAAUGAAAGCAAUUUGUCUUCAAAAACUAGGGAAUAUCCAAGGUAGCACAGAGGUGUUGACCAACAUACUAACGAUAACGAAGGAAACGCAAGGUGAAAUGCACAGCUCCACAGGUGAUACCUAUGAAGAACUUGCAGCAGCAUAUCGCCGACAAGAAAUGCCAGAAUUGGCCCUUGAGGCUUGUGGGAAAGCCAUCAAUAUUCGCAAAGCAACGCUGGGCAAUGACCAUUUCCUCACAAAGAAUCUUAGGGCAUCUCUAAAAUUGAUAAGACGCGAGAAACAGGCGAAAGAACUAAACGAACAGGGACUAGCAAUGAAGGCGCAAGGCGAUUCGGAAAAGGCGAUGCAACUCUUCCAUGAGGCUCUGGAUAUUUACACGGAAAUAGUCGCUACUAGUAGUACCGGUCAUCACAAGUUGGUCAAACUGGCAGAAGUACAUGGGUCCAAGAUGGCAGCAAUACACGAGAAUAUUUCGGCUAUCAAAGUUCAGCAAGGCUUGCUGGAAGAUGGCAUUGCUGCCAGUGCAGAAGCCCUCAAGAUUCGUCGAAGGGUUCAUGGAGACGACCAUGCUGACACGAAGGCGCGUAUGGAAGCGCAUCGAUCUUUGCUGAAACGUCUCUUGGAAAACCAAAGCCAAUGA